GCCGCAAAUCCGCCCUUCUCUCUCUCUCCUCCCCCCAAACGCUCCAUCUCCUCCCCUGCACACAUCCGCUUUCGCGCACGCGAUCCGCCCGCCCUCGACAACCUUUAUCACGCGUUUCGCGAUCGCUGCACGCCACAAUGGCGACCAUUCAUGAUGCGGAUCUCGCAGGCUCCGAGUCUGAUGAUGAGCCUUUCAACUAUGAGCCCGCGGUUGGUUCCGACAACGAGGACAAUGACGGCGGCCACGGUCAAAGACACGACGAUGACGACGAGGACCAGCGGCCCGCCAAGCAUAGCAGACGCCACAGCCCUGAUGACGAUGAGGACAAUCAAGGCGCCGCUGACGAUGGCGAGGAAGGAGGUGAGGAGGAGGAAGGCGAGGGUGAAGGAGAGGAAGACGACGAAGAGGAAGAUGAGGAGGAAGAAGAGGACGAGGAGGAGGAAGUAGUGGGGCACACGCGCAAGCGCAGAAAGCGGGAUGCGCGCCUUCAGUUCAUCGAUGUCGAAGCCGAAGUCGACGAAGAGGACGAAGAAGAGCUCGACGAAGAUGAAGAACUCCCCGAGGAAACCCACCCCGACGACCUUCUGGACAUGCCCGCCGGCGCCGAGACCGAUGACCGUCGCCACAGGGAACUCGAUAGGCAGCGGGAAUUGGAAGCGAGCAUGGAUGCUGAGAAGCAGGCUGCGGCCUUGAAGGAGAGGUACGGUCGCAACCGCGCCGCUGCCAUGGACUCUACCGUCUUGCCUCAGCGGCUGCUUCUCCCCAGUGUUCAUGAUCCGACCAUUUGGGGUGUCAAGUGUAAGCCGGGUAAGGAAAAAGAGGUGGUGUACGAUAUCCUCAAGAGGGUGCAAGACCGCGAGAACAGCCGCGAUCCGAUCACCAUUUGCUCUUGUUUUGAGCGCGGCAACGUAAUGCCCGGUUACAUUUACGUCGAGGCCCGGAAGAAGGCGGCGGCCAUGGCUGCCGUUGACAACAUUUCCUUCUGUUACCCGCGGAGCAAGACGCUACUUGUGCCGCUGAAGGAAAUGCCGGAUCUGCUUCGCGUCAAGAAGUCCAAGGAAUUGACCGAGGGCAUGUACGUGCGCAUUAGGGGAAGCGGCUUGUACGCCGGCGAUUUGGCUCAAAUUGUCGAUGUCGAAGCCAAUGGCACGGAUGUUGUAAUCCGGUUGAUGCCGCGUCUCGACUACGGCCUUCACGAAGAUCCGAACUCGAUCGCUGAUCCCAAGCGCAAGCGGCCCGGCACCCUCACCAACAGGCCUCCCCAGAGGCUCUUCAAUGAGACUGAGGCCAAGAAGAAGCACAGCAAAUACUUGACUCCAAUUACCUCGUUCAACAAACGAGUCUGGCAGUACAAGAAAGACCAGUACGUGGACGGUUUCCUCGAGAAGACUGUCAAGGCGACCCAGCUGCAGGUUGAGAACGUCAACCCACGUCUCGAGGAAGUCACCAAGUUCGCAGCUGGUGGCGAGGACGGAACGGAGAACCUGGACCUGCAGGCUUUGGCCGCUACGCUGAAGCAGACUACUUCCGGCGCCGACUACCUGCCGGGCGAUGUCGUCGAGAUCUACCAGGGCGAACAGCAGGGCGUCUGCGGAAAGGCUCUGGCGGUCCACAACGACAUUGUCACUAUCAGGGUUACCGAAGGCGACCUCCGCGGCCAGACUGUUGAGGCUCCUGUCAAGACUCUUCGGAAGCUGUUCAGGGACGGUGACCACGUCAAGGUCGUUGGUGGCAGCAAAUACCACGACGAAGUCGGCAUGGUCAUCAAGGUCAGAGAUGACCGUGUGACCCUGCUUACAGACUCGACCAACCAGGAAAUCACCGUUUUCAGCAAGGACUUGCGUGUUGCUAGCGACUCUGGUGGUGCACAAGGCGACUCCAAAUAUGACCUCUUUGAGCUGGUUCAACUUGAUGCUGCCACUGUGGCUUGCGUCAUUAAAGUUGACCGCGAAUCGCUGCGUAUUUUGGACCAAAACGGCACCGUUCGCACCGUCCUGCCUUCCAACAUCUCCAACAAGAUCGACCGCAGAAAGAACGCUGUCGCAACUGACCGGGAUGGUUCGGAAAUCCGCAUCGACGACACAGUCAAGGAAUUUGGCGGCGAACAGCGACAAGGCCGCGUCCUGCACAUCCACCGCAACUUCCUUUUCGCACAGAAUACACUCCGGGCUGAGAAUGCCGGCGUGUUUGUCGUUCGUGCCGCGAACGUGACUACCGUCGCCGCCAAGGGUGGUAGAGUCAACAACGCUGGUCCGGAUCUGACCAAGAUGAACCCGGCCCUGCAGAGGAACGGCGGACCAAAUGGCCCCGGUCCGGCUGCUGCCAUGCCCCCGCCGAAGAUGUUUGGUCGUGACCGGCUGAUUGACAAAACUGUCACUGUCCGAAAGGGUCCGUACAAGGGCCUCCUUGGCAUCAUCAAGGACACGACCGACACGGAAGCUCGUGUCGAGUUGCACACAAAGAACAAGAUCAUCACUGUCUCAAAGGACAUUUUGUCAGUGAAGGAUCCCGUCACCGGCAACAGCAUUUCGAUUGGCGGUCGCGGUCGUGGCAUGCCCGCGCGUCCGAACGGUGGCUUCACGCCCUCGAGCACACGCGUGCCUGACUGGCAGGGUGGCAGGACGCCCAUGGGCGCCAACGCUGGCGGCAGGACACCUGCUUGGGGCAUGAGCGGCCGGACACCCGCGUGGCAGGGCAACAGUGGUGGCUCAACGUCGUAUGGCGGUGCAGGUGGCCGUACGCCAGCUUGGAGCAGCUCACGCACUCCCGCUUGGACUGGCGGUAAUGAUGGCAGUCGCACUGCCUAUGGAGAUGGAAGCAGGACUGCCUACGGCGGUGGCGAUGGCAACCGCACUGCCUAUGGCGGCAGUAGUUCAUCAACCUGGUCCGCCAGCGCCCGCACCCCUUACAGCGGUGCUUCCGGCUGGAACGAUUCCGGCUCCAAAACGCCCGCCUGGAGCGCAAACUCCUACUCCGGCGGCGGCGGGCGCACCCCAGCCUACCAGCCCAACGCGAACCCCACCCCGCAGCCAUGGGGACAGAGCAACCCCACGCCCGGCGCCUUCGACGCCCCGACUCCUGGCUUCGCUAGCGCACCUACCCCUGGCGCCGACGGCGGCCCUACGCCCAGAGGCUACGGUGGCUACGGCGGCUAUGGCGGGUACGGCGCCACUCCCGCUGCGGCGCCUACGCCCGGCGGGUACCCCGAGACGCCUGGCGCUGGGUACGGCAUGCCGGAGACUCCGGCGGCGGGCGCGGCAGACGAGGAUGCCCCUGCUUAUGAGUAGGCGUCUGAUUAAGGCUAAAAUGGCUGCUGGUCCGUUGGAGCGGAUUGGGCGAGCGAACGAGCGAUGGGUACGAUGAUGGUGCGUGAGGGUGCGUGCAUCAAAGGGCGGCGUUUUGGGUUGUCUGUAUGAAUAGGUGGUUGGCUUGGCUUGGCUAGUCAGUUAGUUUGCGCGUGCGUGCGUGCGUCUUUAUGGGACAGCAAGGGGCACAUCCAACGACGACAAUGGCGACGGCGGUGGCAACGAAGAUGGCAUUUGGGGAGCAAGCAAGCAGGCAGACUGGCUUGGAGGGCUGGCAGGCAGUGGGUAGUUUGCUCGUCGGAUUGUUCUUUUUUGAGAGCACUGCUGCUGCGUUAUGGAACAAAGUUUACUUUUUUCUUUCUCUUUUAAUCGCCUCUGCUUUCUUUAACGUCUCGCUCGUGGUCUAGAAAAGGCUUGAAUGCUAACUACCUAAC